UGCUAAUAUCUGACACACAAGCCAGGCGAAACAAGGCAUCUGACAACAUGACGGCAGAAAAAUGGUAAACAUAGUUUAGAUUAGGAUAAAAUACAACGAUCACCGGCACUAGACUCGAAUAACUCACCGCAGCUGACUGAAAGUUGGAUUAAAAAUAUAAAUACUAAUUAAUUUAGUGACAGUAUAAGCUGACCAGGAUUUGUCUGACUUCCUUAAUCAUUCCGAGAAGACUGGCAACUAUCCCAACUGACUGGAGCUAUAAUUAAUCUGCCUACUUCUAAGCAUGGCGAGUAACCUCGUCUCGAGGCUGUUUCGUCCACCUUUGCUCACACAACUUGCGUCCCUCCGGUCGGGCUGCCUGCUCCGGGGACAGGCGGUGGUGGCGGCGGGGACCAGACACUCCUCCAGCGGGGAGAAAAUCAGCCGCUAUCCGGUUCCUUACAAGAAAGACUUACCUUAUGAUAUAGUGGAGCUCAUGGAGGAAGUGGAGUCAAAGGGAGGAUUUUUGCCCAACGUCUUCAAAGUCCUGUCUCACAGGCCCGCAGAGUUCAGAGCCUUCUUCGCGUACUACAAUGAGCUGAUGAACAAAGAGACAGGCAGAUUGACCAAGGCAGAUCGUGAACUGAUCGUUGUGGCAACCAGUAUCCACAACAAGUGUCUUUACUGUGUGGUAUCCCACAGUGCACUGCACCGCAUCUACUCCAAGAAACCCACUCUUUCUGAUCAGGUCAUUGUUAACUAUGAGAAUGCAGACCUGGCCCCUCGGGAGCGCACCAUGCUGGACUUUGCGAUGGCUGUGUGUCGCUGCGACACCAUCACAGAGAAGCACUUUCAGUCUCUGGAGGAAGUAGGCUUUGACCGCGAGGACGCCUGGGACAUCGCUGCCAUCGCCGCUUUCUUUGCCUUGUCCAACCGACUCGCACACCUCACCGACAUGAGGCCAAACCAGGAGUUUUUUAACAUGGGCCGUGUACCACGGGACAAGAGCAAGGACAAGGCAGGAGAUGGCAAGUGAAAAGAAAGUAGAUGUACAGGUGAGAUUAUCAGAGGUCAAAGAUCACAUGUGAUACUGACAAUAUAUUCAUGUUUCAGCAAAAAAUGCCUCAGUCCUGUUUCUGUCUUCGUCUCAUGUGAAUAAUCAGAUGUUUUCAGAUUUAUGACAAAAUAAGAUAAAAUAUCAGAUCUAUGGGUUUGCAACCCUAAAAGCAAUUAUAUUUAAAUGUUAACAACUGUGACUACUGAAUAACUACUACUACAAACUAACAUGGAAUCAAAGUGAGAUAACGGAUGUUAAUAUUUUAGUGAAUGUUUGAAAUCAUUCAAAAGUCUCACACUGUAUCCAAAGUGUUUUUGAAGCACGCAGGAUUGUUUGAUGUUGCAGCCUUUCAAUUUGAACAAAGCCCAAAAAACCAGCAUGUCAAAGACUCCAGAGUUUAACAACUUGAAAGAGACAAUCUGAGUUGGUGAGAGGUAUAAUGUACCUUCAUGAGUGUGUCUUGUCAGGGCAGUCAUGGAGUCUUUGGUGAAGUAUUUUCAAUAUUUUGCCACAGUAUCUGAACAUAGCCAUUAUGUUUAUUUACCAUGAUAUUUUGAAUUGUAGGUGGUUUAUUUGACACUCUUAGCUGUGUACGAUUGUGUAUUAAAGUUUAAAUGAAAAAUGCUUUCUUAUAUAUUCUAAAUAAACUGAAAAACCAUCUAAACUCUUGACACUAAAUACGAUUUAACACUUAUUUUUCAAUCUAUCUUCUGCUUGAAUAAAAAGUAAGACACUAAUGUAUUUUGAGAAUAACUGAUUUGUGAGGUGUUUCAUUGGUAUCUUUGUCCAUAGUAGAAAAGAAAUCAUAUUAUGUUGAUGAAGUGCUGUGUAUCACCACCUGAUGGCACCAUAUUCAUACACAUACCGGCAUUUAAAUUACUGAACCAGUAGGUAAAAUAUGAAUGUGAUCAUGUAUCCAAUAGGAUGUGAGAGAGACCAGCUAAAGUAACCACACAGAAAGAAAGAUUUUUUAAAAUUAAUAAUCAAAGUGAAGCUGAAACUUUGUAUCAGUUGCUCUAAAGCCUGUCAAACGCAGAAUCACACAUGAUGGGUGCAAAUCGUAGCUGUUUUCCAUUUCAUUCAUUUUCACUGGUUUUUCCCGCUGUUAAUGUGACAAAUCACUGCUCUGGUUCUCAGUUCUGUGUUUAUUUUAUAUCUGUUAUCUAAAAUGAUACAUGUCAAACAUCAUUGCAGGCAUCACCAGAGGAUUUGCUCUGGUGCACGUGAGAGUCUCUGCAUUUAAACACACAUGCAAAAAAAAAAAAAAAAAAAAGGAAAAUGUUAAGUGUGAGCAGAGCUUUAGUGAAUGAAGAGAAAUCAUUUUAAAUCAUCACAAAUUGUUACUCUGUAUAAUGGCAAUCUGAAAGUUACUCAGAGUCUGAAAGUCAUCCAAAUGGGCUGUUUACUGCUGUGCAGUGGGAUCUUCAGGUGCGCAUUCACAUUUAAUUUCUGUGCCAGAGCACGGAACACAUUGUUAAACCAUGUGAAAGUGAAUCCAUUGAUGUUGGUAAAGGUCACUGCACAGAUGGCUCUCUCCCUGGGCUUGUCCUCUCCUGUACUUAUUGCCUUGAUAAAGUGUCGUAUGUCUAAGAGACUGCUAAUGUACUAUUACAGUUCCUCAUUAAGCACCAACCCUUCUGACCCCGGUGUCUCCAUCCACUAUUAAAGGGACACAACAGGCUCCACACAAGCCUAAUUUAUGGUCUGCAGCUGCCCUGUAUCACUUAUGUUGUAACUCUUCAGACCCAGAAUAGAACAGAAUAGCUGUCGUGUUCUAUUUUAGUCUGUUCUAUUCUGUUCUAUUUUGUUCGAUUCUAUUCUGUUCUUCUGAAAAUUAGUGUUUUUGGGACUGAUCACAUGAAAACAAGGUUAAAACCUUUCAGAUGAAGGCUUUCAUCCACUUCCUUUUGUAGUCUGUUCAAUGAUGGAGGAAUCAAUAAGGUUUUAUACCCACUGUAAUCUGGAAGGGGAGCCGUGGGAAGACUUGGCGCUGUGUCUUUAUUCUCCCGAAAGGAAUAAAAUAAAUGAAAACACACGUCAAAUGGGGUAUGAAAAAUAGCAGGAGAAAAGAAAGUAGCAGUGAAGUUGUGGGUCAAGUGUUUAAGUAAAGGUGAACACCAGUAAAGUGGAAAGAAUUCAUUAAGUUUAUAGUACCUUCCAUGUGGACAAUUUCCGAAUGUGGGGCCUGCAGUUAUCUCCAUGUUUACAGCAUGAAAAAACCCACUUGACACAAUCACAUAAGCACAAAGAAUCAUAAACCAAAGAGAUAAAGAACAAUAUGUGGCAAAGUUGAACUAAUAGUCAUUUCAGUACUGAGCAGUUUUUAAAUAUGCAUAAAUACAGUCCAAUGGCAUUAAGGCAACACUUUCUGCUUUGGAAGUUUGUGAUACAAUUACAUUUUGUCAGCUUUGGUUAAAAAUAUACUUUUCUUAAAACUUUAAGAUGACAGUGAUCAUGUUGACAUUAUUAUCUGAUUCAAGAUAAAGGAGAUUUUUCUGAUGGUUGAAAAUGCUGAUAAGAACUACAGUAUUCAAUGUCAGCUGAGCUGCUGCUUUGACAGAUGAAACUGUUUAAAUUUUAAGAUUGGACUUUGGUCUGAGCUGCUUUGCACUGAUUGCAUUACAAGGUUUUCUUGGGUGACAUUUUUAGCUGCUUGCUGCUGAACACAUCUCCACAACUUUACAUAUAUAGGAAAUCUUAAAAAUUAUACAUGAACCAUUAAAAAAAAAUGUGACCAAUUGUUAUAAAAUAAUAUCCAUGUACUGAUACCUCAUUCCUGUAUUUUGCCAUGUAUUAAUUGAUGUAAACCUGCCAUAUCUUUGAGCACAGUCUCUGGACUUUGUACAAUUUGAAUCAACCCACAGCUUGAGGGGAAACAAGAAGGGCAGCUUUGGAAGAAGUCGCUUCUCAUCUUGUAUGCCUCUAUUUCAUGUUCAGGCAAACUUGUCCACUUUAAUUUAACACAACUUUAAACACUGUCAGAUUUUCCAUUUUUUCACACUUUCAGAGGAAGUUCAUUGAAUUAAAUAUUUAAAGACAUUUGUUUUUAA